CACCAUGGAUGCUUUGUACCUAUCAACCAUGAUUCCAGAGACUAAUGUCUCCUUUUUGACAAACGCAACAGAUAAUGUAACAGUUAUGGAUUUUUCCGCCUCCUCCGGUAUCCGUCCUGUCUUCAUACCUAUAAUUUACCUUCUGGUUUGUGUUAUCGGACUGAGUGGGAACACUUUGGUCAUCUAUGUGGUUUUGCGUUACGCCAAAAUGAAGACCGUGACCAACAUCUACAUUCUGAACUUGGCUAUCGCCGAUGUCCUCUUCAUGUUGGGCUUGCCGUUCCUCGCCACCCAAAAUGCCAUCUCCUACUGGCCCUUUGGAACAUUCACCUGCAGGCUAGUGACAGCUUUUGAUGGCAUUAACCAAUUCACCAGCAUCUUCUGCCUGACUGUCAUGAGCCUGGACCGCUAUCUUGCAGUGGUCCAUCCUAUUAAAUCUACCAAGUGGCGCCAGCCAAGGAUAGCCAAAUUGAUCAGUGUGGCAGUCUGGACUUUAUCCUUUUUGGUAGUCCUUCCCAUGAUUAUAUUUGCUGAUGUCCAGGAAGAUUUCCAUACCUGUAACAUGAGCUGGCCUGAUCCCAUUGAGAUAUGGUCAGCUGUGUUCAUCAUCUACACAUCAGUGCUGGGUUUCUUCGGUCCUUUGCUGGUGAUAUGCCUCUGCUAUUUGUUGAUUGUCAUCAAAGUGAAAUCCUCUGGGAUCAGAGUUGGCUCUACAAGACGCCGGCGGUCAGAGAGGAAAGUGACCCGAAUGGUGGUCAUCAUAGUUGUGGUCUUUGUUUUCUGCUGGCUUCCCUUCUACAUUGUCAACAUUGUCAAUUUGAUAUUCAUCUUGCCAGAGGAGCCCAUCUUGGUGGGCAUUUUCUCCUUCGUGGUGGUCCUCUCUUACGCCAACAGCUGUGCCAAUCCCAUUCUUUAUGGAUUUCUUUCAGAAAAUUUCAAGCAGAGCUUUCAGAAGGUCCUGUGCCUCCACAAAGGCAAUAGCAUUGAAGAUGGGGACCCCACUGAACUCCGGCAGGAGAAGAGCACCCAUCUGAAGGACACAAUGCUGCCACAGAGGAAUGACAACUUCAAUGGGCACAUGCUAACUAGCAAAGUGUAACAAGUCUCUGUGGCUUCAAGAGAGAUGCAUCUGGAUUGAAAUACAUGGUGGCAUCUACUGCAAGGGGACGGGGCCAGGAGAAGGUGGUGGCCUAACCUUCUAGCUUAAUGUACAGACAUUUUCUUUCCCAGCCCUUUGUUGCUGUGUUCACCCUAGAAUUCUGGGCAUCAUGAAAAGUUUCACAACUGGUAACUGGAACCUAUUGUACUCCAUUCAUUCUUGCUCUAUCCUGCAUGAAGGUUUUCCACAGGUACAUAGGCAAAUAUGAUACAAAAAAAGUUAGGCUAUAUUGCA